AUGGAAGGUGACGAUUUAUUCGAUGAGUUUGGAAAUUUGAUCGGAGUUGAUCCUUUUGACUCGGAUGAAGAAGAAAGUGUGCUGGAUGAGCAAGAACAAUAUCAAACCAAUACGUUUGAGGGGAGCGGCAACAACAAUGAGAUUGAGAGCAGACAACUUACCUCGUUAGGAAGUAAAAAGGAACUUGGAAUUUCCUUAGAGCACCCUUAUGGUAAGGAAGUGGAAGUAUUAAUGGAAACUAAGAACACACAGUCACCACAGACUCCACUGGUAGAGCCGGUUACAGAACGAACAAAGUUGCAAGAGCAUACAAUUUUUACACAAUUAAAAAAAAACAUUCCGAAGACUAGAUAUAAUCGAGACUAUAUGUUAUCAAUGGCUAACAUUCCGGAGAGGAUAAUAAAUGUUGGUGUCAUUGGACCUCUUCACUCAGGUAAGACCUCUUUGAUGGAUCUCCUAGUAAUCGACUCACACAAACGCAUACCAGAUAUGUCUAAGAAUGUAGAACUUGGAUGGAAACCGCUAAGAUACCUGGAUAAUUUGAAACAAGAGAUUGACCGGGGUCUUUCCAUUAAACUUAAUGGUUCCACUCUACUCUGCACCGAUUUAGAAUCCAAGUCUAGAAUGAUAAACUUUUUGGAUGCACCAGGGCAUGUUAAUUUUAUGGAUGAAACGGCAGUCGCACUUGCAGCAAGUGAUUUGGUUUUAAUCGUGAUAGAUGUUGUAGAAGGUGUUACAUUUGUGGUAGAGCAAUUGAUAAAACAAAGUAUUAAAAAUAAUGUAGCAAUGUGUUUUGUUAUAAAUAAACUCGACAGAUUGAUUCUAGAUUUAAAGUUGCCACCAAUGGACGCAUACUUGAAGUUAAAUCAUAUAAUUGCAAAUAUCAAUUCCUUUACGAAGGGAAACGUGUUUUCACCAAUAGACAAUAACAUAAUAUUUGCGUCUACAAAGCUGGGCUUCACAUUCACUAUCAAGGAAUUUGUUUCUUAUUAUUACGCCCACUCCAUACCUUCUUCUAAGAUAGACGACUUUACCACAAGGCUAUGGGGUAGCGUAUAUUACCAUAAAGGUAAUUUCAGGACAAAACCAUUUGAAAAUGUAGAGAAGUACCCGACUUUCGUUGAAUUUAUCCUCAUCCCGCUUUAUAAAAUAUUUUCCUACGCUUUAUCUAUGGAGAAAGAUAAAUUAAAGAAUUUGUUAAGGUCUAACUUUAGAGUUAAUUUAAGUCAAGAGGCCCUCCAGUACGAUCCGCAACCUUUUUUAAAACACGUUCUACAGUUAAUAUUUAGGCAACAAACCGGUCUUGUAGAUGCGAUAACCAGAUGUUAUCAACCAUUUGAAUUAUUCGACAAUAAGACAGCUCAUCUUUCAAUUCCAGGAAAAUCUACACCAGAAGGCACUCUUUGGGCUCAUGUACUGAAAACUGUGGAUUACGGUGGAGCAGAGUGGUCCCUUGUACGGAUAUACUCUGGACUUUUGAAGAGAGGGGAUACAGUACGUAUACUUGAUACAUCACAAUCUGAAUCUCGCCAAAAAAGACAGUUGCAUGAUAUCUCAAAGACGGAAACCUCCAACGAAGAUGAAGAUGAAGAUGACGAAACGCCUUCAUGUGAGGUCGAAGAAAUUGGCUUAUUAGGUGGCAGAUAUGUCUAUCCGGUUCAUGAAGCACACAAAGGACAGAUAGUAUUAAUAAAAGGUAUUUCAAGUGCAUAUAUUAAAUCCGCGACGUUGUACUCUGUAAAGAGUAAGGAGGACAUGAAACAGCUAAAAUUUUUCAAACCUUUAGAUUAUAUUACCGAGGCAGUUUUCAAAAUUGUUCUUCAACCUUUACUGCCAAGGGAAUUACCCAAGUUAUUGGAUGCCCUGAACAAAAUUUCGAAAUACUACCCAGGCGUUAUUAUUAAAGUUGAGGAAUCUGGAGAACAUGUAAUACUAGGAAAUGGAGAGCUGUAUAUGGACUGUUUGUUGUAUGAUCUAAGAGCGAGUUAUGCAAAGAUAGAAAUUAAAAUAUCUGAUCCUUUAACUGUUUUUUCUGAAAGUUGCUCAAAUGAAUCGUUCGCUUCAAUACCUGUAAGUAAUUCGAUAUCUCGCCUUGGUGAGGAAAAUUUACCAGGUCUGUCGAUUAGUGUAGCCGCUGAACCAAUGGACUCUAAAAUGAUUCAGGAUUUGAGCAGGAACACAUUGGGAAAGGGUCAAAACUGCUUGGAUAUUGACGGAAUAAUGGACAACCCAAGGAAACUAUCCAAAAUAUUGAGAACCGAGUAUGGGUGGGAUUCGUUGGCAUCAAGAAACGUUUGGUCUUUUUAUAAUGGCAACGUGUUGAUUAAUGACACUUUGCCAGAUGAAAUCAGUCCUGAAUUAUUAUCCAAAUAUAAGGAACAAAUAAUACAAGGAUUUUACUGGGCUGUAAAAGAGGGGCCUUUGGCAGAAGAACCAAUUUAUGGUGUACAGUAUAAAUUGUUAUCGAUCUCAGUACCUUCCGACGUAAACAUUGACGUUAUGAAAAGUCAAAUUAUUCCGCUAAUGAAAAAAGCCUGUUACGUUGGCUUACUGACAGCAAUCCCAAUUUUAUUGGAACCCAUCUAUGAAGUUGACAUCACGGUCCACGCCCCCUUGCUGCCAAUAGUAGAGGAACUUAUGAAGAAGAGACGUGGAAGCAGGAUAUACAAAACAAUAAAAGUGGCAGGGACACCAUUGUUGGAGGUUCGUGGACAAGUUCCGGUUAUUGAAUCUGCAGGAUUCGAGACAGAUUUGAGAUUAUCUACGAAUGGUCUUGGUAUGUGUCAGCUGUACUUUUGGCACAAGAUAUGGAGGAAGGUUCCUGGUGAUGUUUUGGAUAAAGAUGCGUUUAUUCCAAAAUUGAAACCCGCACCUAUCAACAGUUUAAGUCGUGAUUUCGUGAUGAAAACAAGAAGGCGGAAGGGUAUUUCUACAGGUGGAUUUAUGUCAAAUGAUGGUCCUACGCUUGAAAAGUAUAUAAGCGCUGAAUUAUACGCUCAAUUAAGAGAAAAUGGCUUAGUACCGUGA